AUGGAGCCGGGACCGGAGUCGACAGGCUUCGACACUUCUAAAUUUCUCCAGUUUCUUUUCGCCACACUCUUUCUCUUCGUGUGUGUUAUGGUUCUCAUCAUGUAUCAACACAAGCUGCUCAGCUUCGCCGUUCAGACUGUUCUGCGCUAUUGUUUCUUGCCAUCAACCUCACGAGUUCACCUGGGCGGUCUUCUUCUGUCUCCUCCCGGAUGUCGGAUAUUCUUCCAGAAUUUCUUUUAUCAGGACGAGAACAUGACACUACGUGUCACGGACGGUUACAUUUCUUUUGUUUUUUGGGAUUCUUGGUUUGGUGAUCCCUCAUGGGCAAAGGUGCGGGAUUUCAUGAUGAAGGAUGAUCUGAAGGGAACACAGUGCUUGGCAAAGGUGAAAACGAAGUGGGUGCGUGGUGUAAUUGUCGACGUUGAGCGGUCCAAGCGAAAAUUACUCGUGCGUUUGGAAAGCGGGGAGCCGGUUAAUAGAGAAUCAGACCCCGCUCCUCUAGUCGACGAUGAGAGGUUCAACAAUUUGGACUGGGGCUCGGAGCUACAUGAGAUGGCUGAUGUGGACGGUGCCUCAAAUUCUGUGGUGGGACACAACGGUGAUGAAAACACCAGCCAUCGUAGCAGCUAUAACUUGGAGCAUAGUAGAGAAAGUCACAGAACAGUCCCCACCAGGCAGCGGGAGGUGAAUGUAUCAUGUGCAUCUAUUCCCUCUACUAGCGCCCGAAUGUUCUACGCACCAGAUUGCCGUAACAGUGAUGCCAAUUCGAAAGGGGGUGGCGGUGACGGAAAUUACAGCAGUGUUACCGCAGUCCAUGUGGAACCUGAAGUGGGAAUCAACGGUGAGCCACCCGAGUCUGUAAAGCUCCUUGACAUGAGCUUGGUACGCAUCCAAAAAAAAUGUGGUAGGGUUCGUGUUCAUCUUAACGGAAUGGAACUCACCUUUUACAACGCCACGGGAAACUAUCGAAAGAGUGAGACCGUGGAAAGAAGCGAACAGGAGAGGAAGCCGAGGCAUAACGAUUCAGUCUUCAAGAGUUUGUGGGGCAUCUUCCGACCCCUUUGCAAAAGUGAGAAUGAUUCCACCGCUCCACGCGACCCCAUGGAAGGGAGAGAACAGCGGCAGCACGAAGGGCUGGAAAGUGAGGAAGAAAUGUCGAGCAGGGUAGAGGAUACCGGUGUCGAGGAUGUCUUUGACGGUGCGCGCACGCGAGCAACCGUGGAGCAGCACCGCCGGAAGAACACAAAGAGCAUCAUGCAACGCUUUUAUGACUUCGUUGGGGCGGUGGAAGUGGAACUCUUCACAAGCUACGUGAACAUUGGCGGUGCUGCCGCCGAGCACCCAUAUUUCCUCCGUGUUGGGUUUAAGCGGGCUGAUGGUCUUAGCUAUUUAGCUCAAGAAGGCGUUCCGAGCGUUGACAUAUGCCGUCUCGUCACGGAGGCAACGCUAGAAGAGUUGUGUGUCCGCUGGUUUCCCAUGAAAAGUACUGAGGAGCAGCAUGAGCCAAGAAGCGUGUGGGACAAGUGGCGGGAUUCUUUCUUGCUAUACUGCGAAGGUGUGCCACCAGAGCAAAAACCAGAGCCCCUACUCGACGAGCCCGCCGUCCUGAUUAAGGACUAUGGGACAAUCAUCGGUGACAAGGAGGAAUCAUCGGCCCACCUCGUUUACUAUCGCGACUUCCCCAACGUUUACGCUGGGGAAGAAGUCAGUUGUCAGUCUGAUUUGCCAAAAUCGGGUAUUGAACUUCUUAUUGAUACACCAGACUUGUGCCAUGGACCGUGGUCCAAUUUUUCUAUAAUGCAGUUGAAAGAAUAUUUCGUACCCAAUACAUACCAGUCGGUUGAGUCACUCAAAUUUGAACUAGGUAAGAAACGACCUCACGGAUGCUUUGAGAUUUACAUCGAGCUCCUACGUGAGACGUCUCUCAUCAUACCGUUUAAGCGGAAGACCAUCGCACCUACUCCGCCUUUUGGGUUGUGCGACUCGGGUCGGAAGGGGAUGGUAGCUGUAACGCUUGGGCGUGGUUCAUCGUAUGUGCAAAAGCUGAAAAAUCCCCUCCCCCACGAAGAGAAACAGUGCAUGGAGAGCUUACUAACGGGGUUGGAUGUGUUGGUUGCGACCAAUGCGAUACAGGAGGAGAGCGCGGUGUGCAUGAGCAUGGACAAAAUUGAGCUUUUCGUUGACAAACUUAGUGACAAACCGUACAAUGGGCGCAAAUUGUGGAACAUUCUCCCUGUAAUGGAAAAUGCAGAGGUGUGGUGGCACAUGGAUUAUAUAAGCUUCUUCGGCGACCUCUGUCUUGACUGGCUAUUUGUGCCGCACAUGUACCAUGGAAAGCCCUUCACAACUGAAGAAUACAACACGUAUAAGUUAUUCGUGGAGGAAUUUAUACCAACCGUCAGGAGGUUUGAGUGUAUCUUUGCAGGAACUUUCAAAAUUCACCUGAAUGGUAACAUGCACAAUGCCAUUUACAGCGAAAACAUCAAUGACAAAGCGGCGAACGUAUUCUUAACGCUGUCCACGAAAACUGGUGGUUACAUGUUUGUGACGGUGCCUUCAGAUUCGUAUCUUCUGAGUUCCGUCACGGAAGUGCGGCGGCCGUUCGAGAUAUCAGUGUCAGGCAUCGAGCUGUUUCUGUCGGUGCCUCACAGUCACCCGCUGCACGAACUUGUCGACAUUUCCAGUCCAUUUGGCUGCGUUGACAAACUAUUUGUGAAAGGUAUGCACACGGUCAACGUACCCAAUCAAACUGUACCACAAGACAUGGACCCGAUAGAUCCCGAGACGGGGCAAAGUAAGUUGAGGAACUAUUUGGACUACGAAUUUGACAUAACGGGAGUGCGCGGUCAUCUAAUGGCGCCGCAUAUCGCCACUUUCACAGAGUUGUUUGAAAACUUAUUUGGAGGUUCCUCAUGUGUAGUGCGACCAGACGAGCUUUUCUGGCCACUGUCCAAAAUUCACCCAAAAAUUAACACGCCGAAAAACGUCCGUAGUGCCUUCCACACGUACCUUCAGAAGGACCAACCUCCUACCAAUAGUUUGGACUUCAACACAACGGUCAAAUUCACUGACAUUGACGUCACGCUGCGGACGGGAGAAGCUAAAUCUCCCCAAGUGAACCUGCGCUUCAGCACGCUAGAUAUUACCGUAAUGAGACAGGCUAGUGUGACAGACAUAGGCCUUACAAUAUCCCCAAUAUACGGUCGUCUUCCUGCUCCUCUUACGGGGGACCUUGCAGACUCUACAUUCCUGUGUUGUGGUGAUGUUUCAUUGGGUAUUGUAAGGCACUUUGGGCUCCCGCCAUUGCGAACUUUAUUUUACAGUGCGUCCGAAUGCGUUGUAGAUGGCAUCUCCUUCUAUAUGACUGUGGAGCAGGUGGCAUUGCUAACAGAGUUAUUUACGACCCUCAGGAAACAAUUCUUUAAGAGCGAUGAGGGCCUGCUUGCAGAAAUUGAAAAGGCACGAACCGUAGCAGCGUAUUCUGCGGACAACUGCGUACUGACCACGCCCGCACAGGGAGGGAGGCGGCGUGUACCCACAAGUGGGAGGCCGCCGGCAUGCUUCAGACGCGUGCGAACUUCCUCCCUACUACCCAGGCCGCGGGGAGAGGAAAACGCAAGGUGUAAAGCCGCACGCUUAACGCUUAUUCGAUUUCUCACCCACGGUGGGCCGUUUCUGAAGAUUCCCUUCUCCGAACUAGUUCCCGCAGUUGUGGCAAGUGGAUUUCAGGAGUUUCUUGAGCAAUUGGACGAGGCAGAGGACUCUGCAAAGGACUACGCAAUUCAUACGAUACUCGUAUCAAUACCUUCUGUACAGGGUUGUGUGGCUGUGGGUCCUGACAAUUACUUUGAGGUAAAGUUUCCAUCAGGCGUCCAGCUGGUUUCAACCACCAAGAAUGAUCUCAACUCCAAUGUGCGUACAACAGCCGCCCUCCGUGGUAUUGAAUUGUGUGGAUAUUGCCGGAGUAGCAACCACAACAUCAAAGAUGAGACAAGCCCCUUUGCUGAGGUGUUUCGUCUUGAAACAUCACUUCAUGUACAGCGCAGCGUCGCCUACCCUUUUGACAAAGGGCUCGAAAUACACAGGAAGAAGCAGCGCCACUUCGUGUUUGAACACGACACAGACAGGUUCUUUACGUCAGCGCUUGCUCACGUGCGCAGGCCAUGCAUGCGGGACGAAAGUUUACAGGACUCAAAAGGGGGGGCUGACGACCCGCACUUGUCCUUCUUUCUGAAAGGGGAAGAGGAAGAAGGAGACGAAAGGGAGCUGCGGAGUGCAGGGGUACUUCACAAAUUACCAGUGUAUAAUCAAGAUGGAAAGAACGGAGGAGACUCAGUGGAGGACUGCAAGAAUGAAGACGGACCCACGGAGGCCACGCACCACCAGGGAUGCGAGGGCACCGCAGCACCUCCUCAACAACUUAAGUGCUCAGGCAGAGAAGCGGAACAAUCAGCUGGAAAUGUAUCCACACUAACGAACACCAGAAUGGGCAUACCUGCGGGUGGAAGCUCGCUGGUUGAAAGUGACGAGAGCGAUGGAACGAGUUUCAAUAAAAGCGAAACGAACGCCUUCGCUACAUGUGUGUCACAAACAGACGAGCUACUCUCCUAUAGUGAUGAGGAUGAUAUGAUGAAAGAGCUGUGUGAAAGCGAUGAUGUCUUUGAGCGCGGCAUCUGUAGCACCAGCCACACCCCUGACGAUGAGUUCAGUAGGCGGGUGGACCACCUUCCGGAUGAGUGCAAUGACUUGAUAACCAACUCACUGGAUUGUGUGUCGUCAGUGUCUGCAUCGCCAAGAGCGUCGGAGGGUAAUACUACGUUGAGUCGAAAGCUAAUCACUUCCACACACUUCUUGCGCCGAUUCUCCUUUGACCGUCCGGAUUCCCAGAAAGACACGCCCGAUGGGUGUGACAACACGGCGCAUAACAAGCGUGUGAUCGCGAGGGAUCGAACCCACUUCCGGGCACCGAUGCCCACAGUGGGUUUCGUUCCCUCGAAAAGGCCACCCACAACCCCGACACUUCGUAUGCUGCAGCGAACAGUUGAUGCAUGUAACGGCAAUGUUGGUGGCGAAGGUGAGAGUGCCUUCUGGAGUGCCGAGGGGGCGGGAAUGUGGGCGAAGCGGACUGCCGAUAACCGCAAACGCUCGCAGGAAGGCACCACGUCCAAACAGAUGCAUGUUGAAUUCUUGGCACCACUAAACUGCCUUGUGGCACAAGACUUUGUGGAAAAGCUACUCUUCGAUGCGAACACAAGGCUUCAGUCCGUGUUUGCCACACAUAACCUUUAUUCUUCACUGGAUGGAGGAGAAACAGCAGACACUGCAGCGGCCCCAAUGUUGCCGGUGAGGCAUAUGAGGCAGACAAGUGGUUUGAAGGGGAUGCGGAACUUGAUUAAAAGUUCAUCGACUCCCGCUGAGAAGGAGAUGAAGAAUCUGUUUGCACGCAAGCAGCCAAGCCGAAAUCGCGCGCAUCAGAAGCGCUGGUAUUCUGAAGUGGAUAUCUGGAGCGUCUGCAUUCCAUCCACACGAAUAAGUGUUGUGACAGAUUUUCCACUGCCCUCAGAUAAUGUGGUGCACGAUGCCCGGGCACGUGGCGUUUACAGCACGCAGUUAUGCGCGCGGUCGGCACAAGUGGUGAUGCAACAAACACACCCACCGCCACGUGCUACAAGGCAGGAUGAGACGAAAACGUUUUCGUUGUCCACCACGUGUUCAUCUCUCGCUGUCAUCACCCAGAUCGAGCACGAACCCCUCCUUCGGAGCGAUAACCCGUUUGUGAGGGUCCCAGGGAUUGAUUAUGACAGAAAGGACACACUCGCCGUCUUAUACUUUACUUCGAUUCGUGGCCGCAUGCGCCAUCAAAACACGCAGGGUAUACAAAACGGUAUCUACCAUUUAUCCGUAGACACUAUCGCCCUUCACGCCGCUCGCGACUUCUUCUUCUACUUGCACUCUACACUGGCGUUGUGGGAACGACUUAAUGGAGCUUGGUGUGCACAAGAAUAUCCUCGCUGGUACCGUGGGCGACCUUCACCAGAAACCUGGAGCAGCCACAACGAUGACAACGAGGCCCGUGAGGGGAGUCACGGUGCGCCGGGAAGCUCUGUGGCGCACUUUGAACAUUUACAUUCUGCUGUACCAACGACCCGGAACUAUGGCAUUGAAGGCAGUCGCGUCUUUCAGGGUGUGGGGUCCAUACGGGUUGUCCGUUUGGAACUCUUAGACGUGUCCCGCGACGGUCACUACUUGCGCGUGGACACGCGCUGUCCCAACGUGGUCGAAAUAAGCCGACUGCAAGCGAAGUUUGUCGUGCGGGUACCAAUGAAGCGCGCGCACGACCCCCUGUCCGUCCCAUCGAGGCCCCUUGUGAGGCAGAAUUCUUCGGUGACAUUGAGCUCCAGUGAAGUGUGUUCAGGGUUUGUGCCGAGUCAGGAAUGGAAGCGUCGACCACCCCAACUCAGUACGGUGCAGAUUCAAUUUAUUGGCGAAGUGGAGCAUGCCGUGGCGAGGUGUUUUCCCUCACUAUUGCAUAUCAUGGGAGCGGUAAAGGGGAGCGAAUGGGUAGCGGAUUCGCCAAUAGAAAUCAUAUCUGAAUCUAAGUGUUCCAAAACCCCGAAUGAUGAGGGAGGCUCACCAGAAGUGGAUUGUGGAUUCUCUAGUCAACCUCGGGCAGACGCGGCGAAUGAUUGUAACCAGGUGACAUUUAGAGGGAGCUUUGCACUCGGUAACAUUGAUGUGUGCAUGAUUCAGUCCGAAAUGAACUUUCUCCAAAUAAAGGGUACUGGGCUCGCGGGGUUUGGGGAAGCGCGGGCAGAAGCUAUCAACUCGCGGGAGUGCGUGAAGACGCAUGUUCUAACAGAAGCAUUCUCUGAGCGGAUUAAACGGCAAUUACGUGCAUGGGCGGACAGAGCCCGCACAGCCGCCCCCAAGGGUCACUAUCCCACUCCUCCUUCCGUGACACCUCAGCUGCGUAUGAAAAAUAGCGGGUUCUUCGCAGCGGAGACCAUGAGGCUGCAAUACGUUGCAGACGUGGUAGCACCUUGUACAGAUGGGUUUGAAGUUAUCGAUUAUGAGGAGGUGAGUGAGAAAACUCACCGUCAGGAUCCGCGCGUCUUCGUUGCGAGCACUAAACAGCUUCGGGUUGACAUGCACCAUGCUGAACAAGAAGGCCCUCGGGGUAGUGCCGAAGGGUGUAAAACGGACCCACCAGACACCAGUUGGGUAGCUGACAGCUCUGAAAAAGGUGAACAGGUCAAUGUGCAAGUGGACAUUGGAAGUGCGGUGCUAUCACUGCCAUAUCGACCGAAGGCUAGUGAAAUUGUGCAGCCGCAACUUCAACAGUGGGUUCACGAAUGGCUGGGCCCGUCGGUACUACAAACAAUGUACACUUCGCAGACGGUUUUGGCCGGCGGCUAUCACCUCGGGGUGAGACCACAGAGCAAGAUAUAUGCAUGCUGCUGUUCUUUGCGAGUUCGUGACGCGCUUCUGCAGAGUGACCUUCCACAAAAUAUGACUUCUAACCUGACGAUUCCCCUUGCGUCGCUUUUCUUGAAUGCCUCCUCAGAGGGGCGAUUGGCACUAAAGGGGCAUUUGCAUCCCACCAAACUAUCAUCGUCCAGCCCAACGUCUGGAAGACACACAAUGAGUCUGCCAAAUAUUUUCGUUUUCUACAACAGUGAUCGGCUAAGGCGUUCGGGCAUGUGCCUGACAGAAACCGUGGAAGUGACCGUGUCUCCCAUCAUCGUUAGUCACUUGCUUUUUAUUUUCAACCGGGCGUCGACCGUACGCUCAACCCUUACAAAGAUUUUCAAACCAGGAGAAGCCGAACAGGUGGAUCCACAGCAAAAAGUGGGAAAUUUAAAUCUUCAAGACAACCAGAGGAGAAAGAGUAACUUUUUACUGCUGGUCGAAGGACUCCGCAUAUCUUAUCUCACCUCCAUGACUAACAUGCGCUUUUCCGCCUGGCGGUUAAAGGGGAGGAUGUACACAACCGAGGAUGAUGACUUGUGCAGGUCCCAUAUGACUCUGAAAGUCGCGAAUGUGCAGGUCGCCCUUGUGGACCGUGAUGACUAUGAUCAACUUCAAACCUUCCUUCACCAGUCGGAGUACCUUCAGAAACGUGCGGAGAGCUCGAGUGGGAGAUCUUCGAAAGAAAAACUGAUGUCGUCUUCGUUGCCAAAUUCACUGGAUCAGGAACGAAAGCGGUCGAUCAGCACGCUCAACGGGUUUAUAUGGGGUCUAUUCGAAACGUCUCUCACAUUGUCCACUGGGCGGAGUGAUACAAAUGAACUCCACUCAGCACUUAAAAGCAUUGCUGCAACUGCGCCUGUGAGAACCUCUGUAAGUCUUCGCAGUUUGGGGAACGUGGGCAAUACCGCCACACGCUGGAACGUGGCCAUAUUUUCACCGCUUCUUAUCGCCCGCGUUGGGUUAGCUCAACUGUUGCAGCAAUCAAUUGAUGAGGCGAAGGAACUGGCGGACAAAAUGCACCGAGCUGCAAGGCGCGAAAGUCGGAAAUACCACCGUCAACUCGCAAAAUCCGCUGUGUAUCAGCGUUUAACGCGCUUAGAGCGGCGGGAAAGCCAACAAAUGCUUAGCACACAACGUCAACAGGUAGAGCGCCUUAUUGCGUUAACAAACAAUGUAAUACCAGGGCAAAGUGGGGCAAGUCAGCGACGCGCUUCAAUUGCGCUUUCGGUGGAACCAAGUUGUGAGGACGUGGUGGAGGGAAGUAUAUUCCAAACCACCUCCGACCAUAAGUUCUUCGUGACGAUGACUAAUUUUCUUGCUGUUGUCCCGUUUGGGGACGCGCCUUAUCGUACAAUAUUGGAGGGCACCACCGACGCCUCCCACCGUGGAUGCCCCAGUGAUGUUUUAUUAAACCGCAAGGACUUUGUUCCGACUAUGGCGAUGAAGGUGAAGGUGGAGGGCACUACUGUUGUGUGCCGAGCCCUCAUGUCACAGCAGCGAGUGCCCCUGUUGCCAACCAAAUCAGUAGGGGCACUGCGAAGCGACGGUAUCGGUGCUUUUUUGGGUGCCACUGAUUCUUCCACAGGGACGAGGCAGAUAUUUACGUCGAAGUUUAUGCUUAGUGAUGCGCACUUUUACUGCAGUGACGGCUCACCGCUUGAGCGAGGCACAUCAGCCAAAAGUGUGCUCAGCAGCACGCACGUAUUCGGUGGUAUUGGUACCCUCACGAGCCCCGGGAAGGGAGAGUACCGUAAUUCGCUUUCGAAGGUAUCGUUCAACUCUAUUGAAAUACCUUUGCAUAUCAACAGGUGUGGAAGGAGCGUGAGCAUUGGGUCGGUAAUGGAUAUGAGUGCCCCGCAGAUCUCCGUGUCCACACAAACUGCAAGCAUCCUCAGCCAGUUCACGAAUGAGAUGUCGACCAAGUCUCUUUCUUCCGUCUUCCGGCACCGCGAAGGCGGCGCGGACGCGAAGACAAAAUCAGCAGAGGUGAUUGCAGAACCGUCUGGUAUACAUACAGCAUCUGGUGGUCCCGAGAGAUAUAGGCGGGAAAGAGGAAGGAGGACACAUCAUACUGAUCCAGAGUGCCCAGUAACUAGUGUGCUGCAACAGGCUGAACUGACGCCCAUAUUGUACAACUUUGACGUGACGGCACGUCUUGAAGCGGGUGAAAUGUAUGUUUACUCUAUUCAAAGAGGUACCGCAACCAACACUAAUGCGUCAUCGCAGCAACUGGGAAGCACAGUGAACAAGGUAAACCGAACCUCAAAACGACAGGUGAAAUUCAAACCCAUUGCACCAGGCGGAGAAGCCGAGUUUCCGGGUAGUCCAAGGGUUCCGAGCGGACUUGCAGCCAAAAAGCUGAUGUCUGUUCUACUUAAGAUACCUCUCCCCGAAGUGACAGCAAUGGUAAUGGGAAGCUAUGGUGGGAGCAUGGCAGACGAAGAGCGACUUAUCGCCCGCGUGGAGAUAAGGGAAAACACAAUCGAAAUAGAUCCCUCCAUAAUUUCACUAGCCCACGAGAUUGAGGAAUGGGAGGUGAUACAGGCUCGCGAUAGUGCAGAGCACGUUGCCAAUACACUGAAACUUGUCAAAGGGUGGGAGAGGGAUGAAGAAAUAAAACAUCUCGCCCGCUACUCCACUGUUGCAGAUGUGGCGUUGCCGCUUCCCCGCGCGUUCCUGUCCGUGCUAUCAAAUGCAGAAUUACAAUCAAAGAAGGCAGUAGCGCACCAAAAUUUGGGACGCUUGGGGAACUCUCACCAACCAAAGACAACAUCACCACCUUCGCUACAGGAUCAAGAGAAAAGGCUUCAGCAUGGGCACGAGGAUGCGCCAACAAAUCAUAGUGAUGGGAAACGGAAAUUACUUAGUGUGCAGAUCCGUGUUACAGAGUUCCGUCUUGUGCUAACCACAGAGCCCGCGUCAAACAUAAGCUUCACCCUUUCCCUUGAUGAUCGAGUGGGAAGUGUUGAUUUCUUUAUAAAGCGGAUUCAGACACCAUCUACUACGUGGAUUGAGGAUGUACCAGUGUACAGCCCUCCUGUUGUUCUACUACUACUAUGUGUCCGCCGUCUGCGUGUGGAAUGUCAAGCCAAGAUGGAGGUGAAGUCCGUGGAAAUGUAUCUGCAAGAAGUGGAAGCGCAAGCAGCACUACAACAGCACGAUAAUGCUCUGGUGCUCACGAACGUCUACGUACACCUUCCAAGAGAUGCAUCAAGUAGCGGAAAGAUGGAGCUGACGGUGCGCGCUCCAUACGUGUCGCAGAUGUUCAUUUUUCAGGCGUUGUGGCAGCGUAGUUUAUUAGAGUCACUGGCCAGCAUAAACCGCAUUUUUGAUCGGGGUGCUGCCAUCUUCAGGGAAAAAAUGAAGGCCAAUCCGUAUAUCCGGCGGCGCGGGGUUGCUACAAAGCAGGCGGAGAGGUCGUUAGUUGUUGCUGUUACGGGAUCACACGGAAAUGUGCGGGUCGACUUGGGGUCUGGUAACGCCCAUUUGGUGUCUGUGGGGAGCAUGAGCCUCGCACUGGUGAUAGCACAGUCGUCCAUUGAUCAGGCGCAAAAGGUAUGUAUCGACGCUUCGGUGAGGAGCAUCAUGCUCCGCUCAGAGGGAGUUCUUUCCGGCGUGGCGAGGGUUGACACAAUAUAUUUAAAGGGAUUCUCUCUAUCUAAUAGUGGUGGAUCAACCAAGGUCGUGCGGUCCCCUGCAGGGCGGACGUUCCGAUACUUGCUUUGUGCGCAGAAGUUGCAUGCUGUGUUCAAGGAACGGCAACUGAGGGACUUACUCGAGGGCCAGGUUGGGGAAAUUAUCCUCAACUUCAUGGACAGCACGGGCGAAGGGGUUGCGACAAACGUGAGGCUGGACGUAUCCUUGAGCCGCAGUAACGUAGUCAUAACGCCCAGUACGGCCCCCACUUUCGUGCGUACGUUUACCGAUUGGUGUAAUAUUGUCGCGGAGCAGAGUGCGGCAGCGAAAAUGAAGUUGGCGAAAUUGGGCAUGGAGACGGGCCACACCUCACCAGAAGAGGAUAAGGGAGAAAGUGGUCGCCUUGCUGAGCAGGAAGUUGGAUUCCAUGCUUCUGGAACUCGCGCCGGUAGAGGGUCAAGCAGUCGAGAGGGUCGACCACCCUUGCAUGACAAUUUCAAUAUCACGCCAUCGUUCGUUGCGAUACCCGAAGAAGAAGAACAGGGUCAAGAUAAGGUCAUUAAAAGCAAGGAUGGGACGUGCAGCAGUAGCAAUAGUGAUGCAGAGAGCACUUCCUAUAUUCCAUUUAUGGGCAACAAACUCACUCGUAUUCCCUGCGGGUCAAUAGAGGUUGUGCUUGAUCGCUCUUCCAUCCUUCUUGGCAACGCCUCGGGCGGUGUGGAUAAGGCAGGUUGCAUCAUAGCGACAUUCCCGCAUGCAACCUUGUCGUUUGCGGAGUGUCCAAGCGAAGAGGACACUGUAGUCAAGCGGGUGUUAGAAAUUAAUACAAACAACAUGGAGCUUUAUCGACCCGGAGCAACGAAGGUGCUUAUUCUUGGUUUCCACGGCAUCAACAGGUAUGAAUUCUACACUCGUCAGAAAGUUGGAAGCAGUGAAGUGGGUUAUGUGAUGACCCUCCAUCAAGUGCACCCGUGGACAGGUAAUCCUGGUUUGCAGGAUUUCCAGGAAUUAAUUCAACUCGUCCGAUCCUUCAAGGCGACGAAGAAGACCAAACCAUUCCAGCGCUUCGGCGAGAUUGAUGACAUGUGGAACGCACCUGAAGGCUCGAUGCCGAUGACACCACCGGGGGCGGAUAACAGAGCCCCAACCAGCACAGCUGUUGUAGAGGAGGAAGGGGAGAGAGGAGGCGUCGAUGCGGAUAUCGCCAUCUCUAGUUCCAGUGUAACUGGGCUUGUAGCCACUUCAUUGUCUGAUAUGAGUUCAAGAAAAGGCAAGAAAGCUGUGGACAAGCGCUAUAUGAAACCGCUGCGCAAUGUGCAGUUUGCCCCUCAGUUACGCUUCGGUGGUGCAGUUGCUGUGAACGUUGAUGUAAUCCUCAAUUGGUUUGGUAUAACUAAGAAUAUGCUCCCUCAUAUAAUCCACACCAAAGCUUGUGAUGUAUUGGAGGGCGUUCUUUGCUUUCUUGAGGGAGUUGCUGCGGGCCGCACCAGAAAAAUUAAAGAAUCCUAG